CUUGACGUGUCGUUCGCAGACUCCUCAUUCUCAUCGGGCUCCGCGCACAAUACUCAAAAUGCUAUGGCGCAAGCAUGGACGGUCUUCGCUGAGGCUUGCCUUUAAUACGCAGCAGAAACAAGCAAGAUGUAGUUCUUUUUCCAUCUUUUCCGCGUCGACAUUCGACGGUCGCUACCUUCCUUCCCUUCACUUACACUCCCCCAACACUCGACGCACGGUACAAUUCAUCCGACCAGCAUCGGCAUUUGCAUGGAACUCGAAUGUGGAAAAGCAAUCGGUUGUAAAAGAGUCGCAAGUCCAGUUCGAUUUUUUCGGGGAGCCCGUCACAUUUUCUGGCUUGACUCAAUCCAACACAGCCACCUCAAUCAAGGCAAUGGCCGCCGUUGACUCUUUCCAACUUGCAGUCGUUACCAAAGGACUCACAUGUUAUGGAGGAGGUGAGGAGGCUGGUCUAGAAACGCAAUCCAUACACGCCGUUGCCAUGUCCUGGACCGAAGCCCUGCGGUUUACCACUGUUUGGAAUCAAGCCAACACCAAGCAAUCCGCUCCGAUGCUCGCCGUCAUCUCAGUCGCUCCAGUGUUGGCACAAGCGGGCACCGCUUAUGUGAAGCAUUUAGACACACUGCUAAAGAACACCAAGCCCGUAGCGCCAGGCUUCCCUAUCGUGCAAAUGUAUGACACGGCACAGAGAGCAGCGUCCGCCAUGAACGCUAUUCAUUUGAAUGACAGGGAACGUCUUCAUCUUCGAGCGCUUGCAUAUCUUUUGAAAGACGAGCAUGCAACUGCAUUAGCGGUUUUGCUACGCUUGCUGAGAACUUGCCCAGGCGAUGUUCUUGCAUUAAGCCUUGCGAUGGAUAUAGCGCAUACGAUUGGAGAUAAAAAAGCUGCAUCUAGAGCUUCUGGAUCGGUUGCAGCAUAUUGGCAUGAACGUCGUGGGGGCUUGAUCCGGCCGUCACUGCCAGGUCACUCCAUCGCAGAAUCGCUCAUAGCGUUAGGGUUUGCAGUCAAUGGCCGACACGAAGAAGCUGAGCUCAUGGCCACGCAAGCCAUGAAGCGAGGUCGAAAAGUGUGCGGCGGGCUGGCUACUUGGGUGCAAGCGUACGUGUUUGAUGCUGGCGGUCGCACCGCGGAAGGAAUUUCGGCGUUGGCGAAUGGCGACGGUAUCGCCAAUUAUGAAGGAUGUGGCUUGUUAUUUUUCGAAUCUCAUCUGGGAGGAUAUGGUGCGCGGUUCGCACUAGACAGAGAAGAGCGUGGACGAGGCAAGAGCCAAGCACUUCGUCUCUACGAGGCAAACUUCGAGCGUGUAUUGCACUACAGUGGAUUUGGAGAGGGUAGACCUUGGAAAACACCACAGCAGAAGGCCCCGCUAGGAUGGAUUAAGCAGACUCCUAUAGGAAGCGGCGAUGACUCUGCUUCAAAAGACAAAGGGUCAUUUCUACAAAAUCUCUUUAGUGCAACGAACAAAAAUGCAAACGAAGAAGAAUAUGAGAUUAUUUUGAAGGGUGAAAAUUCCCCGUCGAGGAAGGUGGAGGGUUGGGAGCCGACGUGCGAGGAUGUCCUGACUUGGAUUCCCCCGACCCCCAAGCUUCUUUCUGAUGCAACAUUGCUUCUGUGGCGUUUCACACUUAACGGAACAAUGUCAGCCAAAAACGGCCGAUGGGAGAAUAUGCGCAAUGCGUGGAUAGCGCUUAUUGACAUUGAGCGAAAACAUCGGGACUCACCGCCUCUCCAGUUCUGUCCCAUCGCAAGUCUCGCAUCCUCCAUGCUUGUGGAUCCUGCCGACACGGGCGCUGAAUAUGUAGGAAAUGGUAGACUUGCUCGCGGGCUGUACAAAAUGGGAACGCUUUUAAAGCUUGGAAGAACAACAGAUGGACCAGUCGAAAGCACCGCUAUCCGUGAGCCGAUAGCUGAGCGAGAUCCCGAAUUUUGGCUGCCUGUGAAUAGUGAAUUGCAAAAGGAGUGGAAAGACGUAGUUGAUAGUCUGACAUCAGCUCUCGAUGGCUAUAUUUACCCCUCUGACGAAGAAGAUAGUCUUGCAAACGUGAUGGAUACUAACAAUCGCUUAGAGGCGUGGGACUUCGAAGCACGCCCAAUUCUGGAGCAUGCAAUCGUCUAUGCUUCCUGCAAGGCAGGUGACAUCGAAAGCCUUUCUGUUGCUCGAUCAAUUUGUAGCCAAGGUGUCACAUUGCGGGCGAGCUCCCCCGAAGAAUG